AGGAGAGGUCUGCAAAUCCAAAUAUUGUUAUUUUAGGAUAAGGCCGCCUUCUCCCUCGCCCUCGCCCUCUCCUUUUUCCUUUGCUCUCUUUUCACUCUUCAUUUUCGAAUUUGGAGCUUCAACCAUAAUGGUCAAUCUUCAAGCUUCCUUGUUCUGCAAUCCUUCACUCUAUCCUCCUCUUUCCCUUCUUUCUGCUUCUUCUUCUUCUUCUUCUUCUUCUUCUUCUUCUUCUUCUUCUUCUUCUUCUUCUUCUUCAAGCCAAAGGGUUCACUUGUCGCUGUCUCUUCCUUGUCCUUCCAUUUCUUGCACCCCCUUUUGGGGUUGUGGGUUUCGAUUUGGGCGUCGUUCUUCUUCUUCUCUUCCCUGUACAUUGCACCCUGAGUAUGGGAAUUACAAUUCAGAAUCAAUUUCUUCUUCCGGUGGUGGCAAUAUGGGUUCUGGUCCUCAAGAUUUCAAUAUUGGUGGGUUUGGCGAUCAGGGUGCGGAUUUUGAUGGGAGUAGGAUGGAGGGUAGUAGUGAGAGUUCGGAGAUUCUGAUGAACAUUGAGGGUGGGGUGAUGGCCACUGAUGAAAAUGCUGAGACAGUGUUGGAUAGUCCUGGAAGUGUGGAAUUGGAGGGAUUUGAGAGUGGAAUUCAGUCUGAGAAAGAGGAGAAGUGGAAGAGGUUGCCGUUUGUGGUGUUCUUGAUGGGAUUGUGGGCAGCAACGAGAAGGAAAUUUCAGAAGGUGAUUGAAAUUGUAAUGGAUUGGUAUAGUUGGUGGCCGUUUUGGCGGCAGGAGAAGCGUUUGGAGCGGUUAACUGCUGAGGCUGAUGCGAAUCCGAAGGAUGCGGCCAAGCAGAGUGCUCUAUUAGCCGAGCUGAAUAAGCAGAGUCCUGAGUCUGUCAUUAGGCGUUUUGAGCAAAGGGAUCAUGCUGUAGACAGUAGAGGAGUAGUGGAGUAUCUUCGAGCUCUUGUUGUCACCAACGAAAUUUCUGAGUAUCUUCCAGAUUCUGAAAGUGGAAGGCCAUCAACUCUUCCUACAUUGCUACAAGAGUUGAAGCAGCGUGCUUCAGGAAACGUGGACGAGCCCUUUGUGAACCCUGGCAUCUCUGAGAAACAACCAUUGCAUGUAGUAAUGGUUGGCCCUAAAGUACCCAACAAGUCUCGUUUUGUACAAGAACUUAUCUCCACUAUACUUUUCACUGUUGCUGUUGGAUUAGUAUGGUUUAUGGGUGCUAGCGCACUUCAAAAAUACAUAGGGAGUUUAGGUGGCAUAGGAGCCUCAGGCGUUGGUUCAAGUUCUUCAUAUGCCCCAAAGGAGUUAAAUAAAGAAGUUAUGCCAGAGAAGAAUGUCAAGACAUUUAAGGAUGUUAAAGGUUGUGAUGAUGCAAAGCAAGAGCUGGAAGAAGUGGUGGAGUAUCUGAAAAACCCUUCCAAGUUUACCCGGCUUGGAGGAAAGUUGCCGAAGGGAAUUCUCUUAACAGGCGCCCCGGGAACUGGAAAAACUUUACUUGCUAAGGCCAUUGCUGGUGAAGCUGGAGUACCAUUUUUCUAUAAAGCAGGAUCCGAGUUUGAAGAAAUGUUUGUUGGUGUCGGUGCUCGGCGUGUAAGAUCAUUAUUUCAAACAGCCAAGAAAAAGGCUCCUUGCAUCAUUUUUAUCGACGAAAUCGAUGCUGUUGGGUCCACUCGAAAACAGUGGGAAGGCCACACGAAGAAGACAUUGCAUCAACUGCUUGUUGAAAUGGAUGGCUUUGAGCAGAAUGAGGGCAUCAUAUUGAUGGCUGCUACAAACUUACCAGAUAUUCUUGAUCCAGCUUUGACAAGGCCCGGUAGAUUUGACAGGCAUAUCGUUGUCCCAAACCCUGAUGUACGGGGUCGCCAAGAGAUUCUAGAGCUCUACUUACAAGACAAACCAUUGGAUGAAGAUAUAGAUGUGAAAGCAAUUGCUCGGGGCACGCCGGGAUUUAACGGGGCAGAUCUUGCAAAUUUGGUUAACAUUGCAGCCAUUAAAGCUGCUGUUGAAGGUGCAGAGAAGUUGAACUCUUCACAGUUGGAGUUCGCAAAAGAUAGAAUAGUUAUGGGUACUGAGAGAAAAACAAUGUUUUUAUCAGAGGAGUCGAAGAAGCUCACUGCCUAUCAUGAGAGUGGUCAUGCGAUCGUUGCAUUUAACACCGAGGGUGCGCUCCCGAUUCAUAAGGCCACAAUCAUGCCUCGUGGGUCUGCUCUAGGAAUGGUCACACAACUUCCUUCAAGCGACGAGACAUCUAUUAGCAAGAAGCAACUAUUAGCACGACUCGACGUUUGUAUGGGAGGAAGAGUUGCAGAGGAACUCAUAUUUGGGCAGGACAAUGUCACCACUGGAGCAAGCAGUGAUCUUCACACAGCUACAGAGCUUGCCCAAUAUAUGGUAUCGAAUUGUGGGAUGAGCGAUUCAAUUGGACCGGUUCAUAUCAAAGAACGUCCAAGUUCGGAAAUGCAAUCCCGAAUCGAUGCAGAAGUGGUUAAACUCCUAAGAGAUGCAUACGAUCGCGUGAAAGCCCUCUUAAAAAAGCAUGAAAAGGCAUUACAUGCACUGUCAAGUGCUCUGUUAGAAUAUGAGACACUCAAUGCUGAAGAAAUAAAGAGGAUUCUACUUCCUUAUCGAGAAGGUGGACAGCUGCCAGAUCAACAGGUAGAAGUAGAAGAACAAGGGGAUCUUGUGUUGGCUUGAGUUCUCUGACGUUUGCAUCGGUCUCCAUUGUCAUCUCUGUAAAGUACCUGAAACAACCGUGAAAGAAAAAUAUUUAUUCUGAUACAUAAUGGUGGGGUUAUAGGCAGUAAUUGUAGGAUCCUAGCAUCUUCUUUAGGCAUAUUAUUGUGUAUUAUACCACUUUCCACAAGUGGGGUGAAUUUUUGGCACACAGCAAUCAGUCCCUUAACAUUUUUUCUUUUUCACGCAAGUUAUUUAUAAUUGUGACAAUGGAAGAACGCAUUUGUAAUCUGUGACAUUUUUUUUUCUUUCUGAUGACGUUACGUGUAAUUUCUUUAUGUUUAAUGUUACUGUUGGUGAAUAAAAACUAUUCUU